UAGUGAAGGAGUCUCUCCUCCAGAGGGCGCUGUUCCACUCGGGGGUGAUUGAGUAGGGUUAGGGUUAGGGUUAGGGUACUCAGUGCUCAGUCCUGCUCAACCAUCAGCAGCGCACCAUGAAGUACAAGGCAACAGAACCUCCCUGUAUGACUGCAGAGGGCAUUAGCGCUGAGUCAGUGCAGCUGUAGCUGUAGCUCUCACUGCACGAGGAAAGAAGCACAAACUCGUCUCAAGCCCGAUUUAGUCGUCAAUAGUCUGUAGCCCGGUGGGAGGGGCUGGAAUAUGACGUGUGCAGGGUGGGAGGAGUCAGGAGGCUCUUUUCUGGAUGUAUGUGAGUGCACUGAUGGAUAAACAUAUCCGAUUAUUCCUGAGGAUUUGUGUACACUCUGUUCAGGGUGUGUGUGUGAGUGUGUGUGUGUGUGUGUUACUGUGUGGAUUUCAGGAUGCUGUGGAUGACUGGAAGUGUGUGUUGAUCAAUAAACGGCUUUCAGACAUGCGCUUUCACCAAAACACAGACUUUAUAUAUAAACGUCAGUGUCACGUGCAGGUUAAUGUCUCUACACCGACAUUCUUUCAUACCCUAGGUAGGGCACCUACACAGGGAGCAGGGAGAGAAGUAGCGCGUGAGUGUGGCCGGUGGGCGGGGCCUGAGUGGGGUCACACCUGCGAGCUGUGUGAGAUUUGCGCAUGCGCAGAGUCUAGUUUGCGGCGGCUCGCGCUCUCCGCAGUGUGAUGAGGAUGGGCAGCUCCGGUCCCGGCUGAGCCGAUUCCUCACCUGUGCGCGUGAAAUAAAGGAUUAUAACGCAAGUUAUGUUUAAAUAUUCACUCGCUCUACAAUGUUGACCUUUGACCUCUUCAGUGCUGACCCUAAAGCCGUGAAGCAGCAGCAGAGCAUUAUGGGACACAGCAGCAGCAGAGAGGACAGACGGACAUGUGGAAGAACUGAUUCCUGAGGAGACGAGCAGGACCAUAAAGCUUGGAUGAAUGGUUUUAGAUCAUGUAUCUUAUCUCAUUUAUAUUCUCCAUAAAAACAACUUCUUAUUCUGGAUAGAAGUUAAAUUAUAAUUUUAUUUAGUUUUUUUAGAUUUAAAUUUUAUAAAUGGAAGAUCAUGUUGCAUUUAAUCAGUUAGCUCACAAAACCAAAUUACUCAGGGCUACUUUAAACCCCGCCCACACACUGGCCAUUCGGGACUGGCCUGGGCGCCGACGCCCUCUGUGACCCCGUGACCCCGUGACCCCCACCAUGGCCAGUGGGCAAGCAUCGAUUGGCCCGACAAAUGAAAGCCUUGUACCUGAACAUCCUACCUCUCCAGAACCUUCUGCAUCCUGUGAACCAGACCCCAAACAUGAACAAAGAUCUCACCUGAACCUUUUGACUAAAGCUCCAGCUGCUCCUCCACCUCCACCCCUGCCUCCUCCACCUCCACCCCAGGCCCCGACCACACCCGCUCCUCCACACGGCUCACGCAGGAAACGCCGAGUCCGCAGCUUCUACUGGAAACCCAUCCCGGAGGAGAAGGUCCGUGGCAAACCCAACAUAUGGACGCUGGCCGUGAGACAGCAGCACUACCAGAUUGACGUAAGGAGUGUUGAAGAGCUGUUUGGCCAGCAGGAGGAGGCGCGGACGCAAAGCGCAAGCCGUAAUCCUCGACUAGGAACAUGCAGAGGUUCCUUCAAGGAGAGCAAAGAUGAGAUCAGCAUUUUAGACUCAAAGAGAGGGAUGAAUAUGGGUAUUUUCCUCAAACAGUUCAAGAAGUCUAAUCACGCUCUAGUGGAAGACAUCCGGCUGGGGAACAGUAAGCAGUACGGACUGGAGCCCCUGAAAGAGCUGCUCAAACUGCUGCCUGAGGAAGAAGAGAUCAAAAAGUUGAGGCAAUUUAAAGGAGAUCCAGCAAAGCUCACCAUGGUGGAUUCUUUCAUGUUUUUGCUGAUCCAGGUGCCAAGUUUUGACGUGCGAAUUGAGGCCAUGGUCCUGCAGGAGGAGUUUUCUCCAUCUUGUUCAGCAAUGAGUCGAGAGCUUAAUGUUGUGCGCUUGGCCACGGAAGAGCUAAUGACAUGUGAAGAACUUCACUCCAUCCUGCACCUAGUCCUCCAAGCCGGAAACAUCAUGAACCAGGGAGGAUACGCAGGAAAUGCUGUGGGCUUCAAGCUCUCCUCACUCCUCUCACUAGCAGAUACCAAAGCCAACAAACCGGGCAUGAACCUGCUCCAUUUUGUGGCCUUGGAAGCACAGAAGAAAGAUGAGAAUCUGCUGAAGUUCCCAGAGAAACUAACGCAUGUACAGAGUGCUGCAAGGAUCUCAGUGGAAAACAUCGAAGCAGAAUUCUCCUCGCUCAGUGUCAGGAUGCAGGCUCUUGAGGAGAAGAUUCAGAAUGAUGCUGAGCUGUUUUUGCAGUUGAAUCCAUUUGUGCAGAGUUCGACACAAACUCUUCAGGACCUGAAACAACGCAGGCUGGACCUGCGCAAGGAGGGCAGUGUUCUUAUUGAUUUCUUCUGUGAAGACAAAGACACAUUCAAACUCGAUGAGUGCUUCAGGAUCUUCCAAGACUUCUGUCUCAAGUUCGAGAAAGCUGUGAAGGAUAAUGUAGAUAGGGAGUUGAAGGAAGCUGCCAGGCAGCAGCGCCUCCGUGAGCUGGAAGAAAGGCGCAUUGCCUGGGCCGCUAACAGUGGCGAUCAGAGCAGCAGUGGUAAUUUCGGCCGCAGCAGCAGUGAAAAUGAUGUGGAUGUUCUCACCAAAGAGGGUCUCCUAGACUUCUUGCUGCAUCCCCGACCUCACAGCCCCCACAGCCCAUUGGGACGCUCUGAAAGUGCCCGCCGUUACCGCCACACAACAACCGAGCGCAACCUCCGUGGCUACCUGGAGCUGUUUUCUGGGUCUCCCACAGCUGACAUCACUAAAUUCAGCAGCCUUCCACGGUCUGGACGUCCUCACCAAAGAGGGACCAUAGCCUGGCUGACCACAGCAGAUGACAACAGAGAGCUGGGGCCUCAAAGUAAUCUCCAUCAUGAGAAGAUGGCAACUUCCCCGAAGGCAGAGACUGAACCAAUAAGCCCCCUGGCUAGACACUCAAUGUCAGGCCUCACUAGGGAGAUUGAUGUUUACAGUAAUAAUAAUUAUGCGGCUGUUUCUGAAGGUGUGAAUUCUUCUCAGCUAGUUCACAACAGGAACUGGAUGGAGAAAUCUCAUGAUGUUGGACACAUGAACGUUAGUGUAGAAAAACACACAUUGGUGUCUGGACCUCAGCCCUUUGAGCUGUCAGAUCCUACAGAUAAUAAUAAUAGCAGUUACACCCCACUAGAUAACCAAGGAGAUAUUUCUGUGACAGAUGUAGAGAAGGAAAGAGACAUUCCAAAAACAACUUUUCUAGACACCCUUCCAUCCAGUAGGGGAUCUGAGGAAGCACCACAAUCAGGGGCAGUGUAUGACAGCAAAAUAAUUUCUCCCUAUAGAGAGGAGGAAGAGGAAAACAGCACUGUCUCCUCAACAACAUGUGACACACCUUUGCCUCUUGACCCCUCAUUGUCCAAUAAGAAAGCUACUCCUUACAUUCUGGACUGCACUGAAACGGAUUGUUCUGUCAUGUUAGACUUCUCAGAAGUAGAGAGUACCCCUAUCUUUAAAGAAGGAUUUCAACCUGACUUAAAACCACAGGACAGCAACUUCCAAAGUCUCCUUCAAGACCCUAGUUCACUUUCUUCCAACUUUGAGUCUUUGUCCACAAAUGAUCCAUCUGUGUCAGCAUCUGUUGAUGAACCAUUUGAAGGGAAACCAGCAGAAGAGCACCCAGUUACUCCAUCUGUUACCACAGAUGAGGCAGACAGUGACAGCGGUGACAUGGCAGAAGGUAAAAAGGUGGGUGAGAAAGCAGUGCAGAUAUGUAGUCCCAAAUCAGCCAACCUGAAAACUAAGACACCAUCUAAACCUGCUGCCUCUAGAAUAGGACGUCCUGCAAGAACCCUUACACCGACUGAGACCAGACACUUGCGCAAAGUGGUACCAAUCACCAAGGCAAUUCGUUCUGGCAGCAAUGCUAAGAGAGUAGAGAAAUCUUUUGGGCCUGAGAACACAGAAUCAAGACGUCCACUACGUGACCAGAGCAUGCCUGCAAGAAAGGGUGACAGGCAGGGUAGACCAGCUCGCCAUUCUAGCCUUCCUCCAGAGUCCAAGGCAGAAAGAGGAACAACCACAAGAGUUGCAAGUUCUCAGUGGGCUCGAGAUCCCACUCCACACAGACCUUCCAUAAAGAAGCCGACUGCCAAACCUGUCCGCAAUAUCCCUAAACCUCAAGUAGAAGAGAAAAUGUGUCGCUCUACCAUGAGAGCCUUGGCACAGGCUCAGGCUGUAUCUGAUGCCAGUGCUCCUCAAACACCAACCCAUCCCCGGAAGCCUGCCUCACCCCUGCCAAGCUUUGCUCGCAACACUAUUGCUUUCUCUUCUAGAAGCAAAAAGGACUUGGCCACAGUGCCUGCACCAGGGACUCCAUUAAAAAGCUCAACCUUAUCGAGAACUUCCUCGCUGAAGGUGCCUUCUGGAAGUAAGGCAAACUCUGUAUCUAGCGGACACUCAGCCCAGGGUGAGGACAAACAAGCUGGAUCUUUAAGGAGGGUUCAGAGUGUCCGGGCCUCUGGUCGAAACACUUUACAGAGUGACACAAACCCACCACAGACUGGGCAGGAGCAAUCCCGAAAGGGUAGCAGUUUCUCUGAGAAAUCCUUCCUGAUAAGAGACUCCACCACUGGCAGGAUUCUCAAGCCCAUUUGGAAGUAGAAUAGAUGGACAGAAGGACAUUACAAUCUCACACACCUACACUUAUAUUUUGUUCAUCAUCUAAGACUAAUCUGAAUGUAUCUAAAGCCUUUUAUCUGUAGCUGAAUUCUACGUAUUGAGCUAGUUUUCCGAAAGACUAGUUGCUGUCAAUAUUUGACAACCCAUUUCAGUGGUAGCACUUCAUCCAUAUAAGGAUGUUAUUGAUGGCCUUUUUAACAGCAGACAUUAAAUGUUGCAUCAUCAUCACACACUUCAAUCUUCAAUUUUCAAACAUGAAUCCAUAGUUAUCCCUUGUUUUUGAUUUGUUAUAUAAUAUUAUACUUCCUGAGAUGUUGAACUAAUUAUAGUAGCCCCUAUACGUCAGGGUGAGGCACUCCGUUCAGGAGAGUUUAAUGAAUUCCCUGAGCUAACGCACUUGUUAAACCUGGUUCAGUAUUUGUAAUUCAGGUUCAGUAAUAAAGCUUUUCCACUGAACUACGCGACCCAAGCACCAGUGGUAAAUUUGGUUACCUUGCUUGCCUAGGUGCCACCCAAGCUGAGGUGGGACAUGUGGGUGGGGCUAAAAGUAAUGCAGUCCAUCUGUUGGUCACAGAAUCAUCCUUAUUAUAAUCUAUAGUACAAAAAUUUUAAUUAUUAUUAUAAUCUAUAGUACAAAAAUCAUAAGUAGUGUAGCAACUGUUAUGAAAAUUAUAUUUUGCUUUUGAACAGUCCUUUUUCUAGUGGAUUUAAAAGGCAAGAUGGUUUUAUCCAGCAAGUUAAGAUUUCAGUAUUGUUUUCAGUCAAUUACAAAAACAAAUUUUUUUUAUUGCUCUUUAACUUGAUUUCAAUUUCCUACCACAGAGUGUAUGGGAAGUGUGUAUAAGAGGUGUCUACUGGUAGUGUGUGUGGGUGGAGUGUACAGGAGGUGUGUGUGAGAGGUGUGUGUGUGGGUGGAGUGUGUGGGUGGAGUGUACAGGAGGUGUGUGUGAGAGGUGUGUGUGUGGGUGGAGUGUGUGGGUGGAGUGUACAGGAGGUGUGUGUGAGAGGUGUGUGUGGGUGGAGUGUGUGGGUGGAGUGUGUGGGAGGUGUGUGUGAGAGGUGUGUGUGUGGGUGGAGUGUGUGGGUGGAGUGUAUGGGAGGUGUGCGUGAGAGGUGUGUGUGGGUGGAGUGUGUGGGUGGAGUGUAUGGGUGGAGUGUGUGGGAGGUGUGCGUGAGAGGUGUGCGUGGGUGGAGUGUGUGGGUGGAGUGUAUGGGUGGAGUGUGUGGGAGGUGUGCGUGAGAGGUGUGUGUGGGUGGAGUGUGUGGGUGGAGUGUGUGGGAGGUGUGCGUGAGAGGUGUGUGU